ACAGGUUUGUUUUGCUUGCUCGAGCUCGUCCUAAAAACACAAGCGGAGGAAGGAAGCAACGACAUCAAACCAUUUCUAAACUAGUCCUCCUCAGCUAGUAUUCUACCAAUAAGCCACCAGCACCGAAACCACGGAUAGUUUUAUAAAUCGUUUUUAGCUUUUAUAUUGUUGGUUUGAUACAGCCGCUACCUCUGUUUUCAUCUACUGCCAACUGCUUGACUUUGACGCAGUAUGCCUUCAGAAAAAACCUUCAAACAAAGAAGGACAUUCGAACAGAGAGUAGAAGAUGUCAGACUGAUCCGAGAGCAGCACCCCAGCAAGAUACCUGUGAUCAUUGAGAGGUAUAAAGGAGAAAAACAGCUUCCCAUCCUGGACAAGACCAAGUUCCUGGUGCCAGACCAUGUCAACAUGAGUGAACUCAUCAAGAUUAUCAGGAGGCGCCUCCAGCUAAACUCCAACCAGGCUUUCUUCCUGCUGGUCAACGGUCACAGCAUGGUCUCUGUGUCGACCGCCAUCUCCGAGGUCUAUGAACGGGAGCGGGACCAAGAUGGCUUCCUCUACAUGGUGUACGCCUCCCAGGAGACCUUUGGCACUGCUACGACCGCCCAAUGAACAGCCUCCCAUUCUUCUUCUUCCACCUGGCAGGCCAUUGGACAAUUGUAGUUUUUAGCCCCCUCCAUGUUUCUUGCCACACACCUUUAGUCUUGACUGUAUGAACUAAAACACAAACUGCUAAAUCUAAACACAGCGUACGAUAAUUUCCCAGCUCGAAUCGGUUCAGGUUGUGAUCUCUAUAUUAUGACUGCAAUGAGCAAAUAGACUGUUUGUGUACCACAACACUCAGCCAGUAGCAUGAAGCCACAAAGGUUGACCAGUACAGCAGAGUUUAAGAAGAGAAAUCCCAGAUCUGACGAUGACUCUGGCCAAUAGAGUCUUUUAGUGAGUGUCUCUGCUUCUUUGUUGUCCUCUCUGGUGAAUCAUGUCCACUGUCAUGGCAACCUACGGCCUGUUGACGGCAGUUAUUUUCAGUGUUGUGGUUACGUGUCUCCUCGGCUGUAUUUAUGUUAACAUACAUACGUCAGGUAGUGAUAUUACAUAAAAGUAACCACCACUUAUCUAUAUAUACAGUAGCCAAUGAACAAAGCCAACCUUAAUUACAAGGUUUUUGGAGACAGGUACCAGAGAAAGUUAAGGGUUUCUGGAUUCACGUGUUUUUAAUGGAGGUUUUUAUUGCAGUUAAAAAGAUAAAACUUAGGGAUUUGUAGUCUCGGUCAGAGUACUUUUUGCCAGAGAAAAAUUAAAUAUGAAGUAGAGAAGAUCCUUAUUAAUCAAUGCAUCUCUGUUCUGUGUCUCGUCACAUUCCCUCAAUGGUCCUUCUAUGGUGUUUUUAUCCCUCCCUGCCAUGUAGCCUAAAGCAUCUUUGCUGUAACAAAAAGAUGUUGGGAAACUGCUUUUGACCUUGAAACAGAUGAUUGUAGUUUGCAAAAAGAAAAAAAAAAUGCCUUGGUGUACAGAUAAUAUUGACUUUAUGGCUUUGAAUAUAAAGGGGUUCCAAUGAGAGUGUAACCAAGUUGACUUUGGACACACUACAAGGAGCAUGGUCUGAUUGCAUGUAUGAAUGGAGGUUAAUGGUGUUUCUGUAAAUGCUGAUGAGGGGAAGGGGGUCGCCAUGUCCUUUCCUUUUCAUCUCCUUUGUCACGCGUAUCUAUUAAGGUGUUGGAAGGAAUGAAGGAAAGCCAGAAAAAGAAUGAAUCACAGGCAGGUUGAUGAGCAGCUUCUCUGACUGUCCAUCUGUGUUUUGCCUUUGACCUACUGGGCUGAUUUCCCAGAGCUGUCAUUGUUGUUCAGUUUCAGUUCACUGAAAUCCAACCAGCGCUGUCACUGUGGGGAACGUACACCUGCCCAGUCGGGUUUUAAGGUCUGCGCCCUAAAAGAAAGAAAGAAAGUCUAUAGAUGGCUCUUCUCACUGUCUGUGCUGUCGUGCUUCUCCUCCUCUUCACCGUCUUCUUAACAGAUUGAGGUUUAGCUGCUUUUAUAUCGCAGUAUUGUAUCAAUUUUGGUUCUUUUUUUAUUUAAUGUGAUUUUUAUUCCAUUGUACGCCAUGUCUUUACUCUUCGCUGUCUACAGUAUGUGAAGUACAAAGGGGACUUUGUUUUCUGACUAGUGAAAGCCACUGUGUGUCUGUUACAGAGGGGUGGAGCAUUUGUUCCAGUGCUGUCUUUUCUGCCUGCUCCUCUGUUUCACACACGCAUAUCCACACACAGCAAUAUGACACAGCCUCCUCUUAUGUAUUUAUGUUGGUAUUUUGUAAACAAUAAAAAGGAGAAAAAAAGAUAAA